ACAAUUGCAAUAGGGCGUGUCAAUAAAAAAGGGCAUGCUUAUAUGCCUAUAUGAUCCACACCAUUCCUUUCUAGUCGACAGACACAUUGUUCACUCACCGAGUGUGAAGAAGGUUAGGGUUUUGUGAUCCACACAGCUCGCAUAAACGCAUUCCAAUUCAGCUUAUGUGCAGCAUUAUAUACUAUCAAUCUGACAAAAACAACCUAAGAUGAAAGCUAAACGUCCGACUAAAGCUCAACGAUUGUCGUCGACUACAAUCAACACACUCCCUCAAACCAUAAUAGAAAACAUCCUAUGUCUUUUACCAAUUCAAGAGGCAGCAAGGACAAGUAUCCUCCCAACGGAAUGGAGGUACAAGUGGACCACUAUUCCCAAACUUGACUUUUGUUCGUCUACUGUGCCUGAAAUUAGAACUCAAGAGAAUCACGUAGAAUGGGCAAGGAAAAAUAGGGAACGGAGGCGUAAACUUUUCAAUGCUAUACCCCAAGUUCUGUUAAUGCACCAGGGUCCAAUACACGAGUUCAGCUUUGACUCGAUUGCAAACUGUGACUGUUUUGAACUUGAUCCAAUAAUAUUUCACUUGUCUAGGAACCAUGCUGUCAAGAAAUUAAAACUUGCGUUUAAUCAUCAUAUGUCUUCGUAUAAGUUACCCUUAUGUGCCUUCUCUAUGCAUCAGUUAACAGACCUAGAUCUCCGUAAUGUUGUUAUUGACCAUCAACCAAUAUUCAGUGGAUUUGGUAGCCUUAGAAGCUUAUGCUUGUAUUACGUAAAGAUCUCAACAAAAGCUCUUCUUCAUCUUUUAUCUAGUUGUCCAUCACUUAAGAGGUUCACUUUGCUAGGAUUUAUCGGCUGUAAAGAUUGCACCGUUUCAGCAACUUGAGGCGUGAGAUGGAGCUUGUGACGGUUAUCUUGGCAAGGUCACCCAAGCUGAAGAAGGUGAUCAUACAUAGUUUGGUUGAAAAGGAUGAAGAGUCGGAUAUGUUAAAAAUUCUCUUACAAGCCGCACGCGCAUCACCUGUAGAAAUCGUUGUGAUAGAUUAGUUGUAUUGCUACUUUUUUGUGUUUUCUUUCUGGUUAGUCUAUGGAGUUCUUUUGGAUGUUGGCAAUUACUCAACUAGGGUAUGUAUAUUCAUAAUGAUUAUUAAAUGAAUCAAAUCCGAGUUAGAGCUCGUGUUUGUAAAA